AUGACCUCAAACGAGAAGAUCGAGCCAGCCAUGGGCUCACGCUCCAGACUACCACACUGGCGUAUCGUCACGAGCCAGACUGGAAUGACUUCCACGGUUGAACAACAUCAUUACAAGGGUUCCGGGACCGAAAAUGACCCGUACGUCGUGGACUAUCUCUCAGACGACCCAAGAGAUCCUAUGAACUGGUCGCAGCCGAAGAAGUGGUUUAUCACACUUACGGUAGCAUUCGCCACGCUCGCCGUUGCAUUUGUGUCCUCGGCCUAUACUGGGAGCACCCGUCAAAUCAUCGAAGAGUUCGGCUGCAGUCAAGAAGUAGCCACUCUCGGCGUUGCACUCUUCGUGCUGGGUUUCGCAGUUGGCCCUUUGCUCUGGGCACCACUUUCCGAGCUCUACGGCCGACAAGUCCUUUUCUUUGGUACAUAUGCCGUCCUUACGGCUUUCAAUGCAGGCGCUGCAGGAGCCUCGAAUAUUGGUGGACUCAUCACGAUGCGAUUCUUUGCCGGCAUGUUCGGUGCCUCGCCCUUGACCAAUGCUGGUGGAGUCAUCGCAGACAUGUUCCCAGCCCAGCAACGUGGCUUGGGUAUGUCUAUCUUCGCCGCCGCUCCCUUCCUUGGGCCUGUUAUUGGUCCCAUCGUCGGAGGCUUUGUUGGUGAAACCGUCGGUUGGCGUUGGGUGGAGGGCGUCAUGGCCAUCUUCACUGGCGUCCUCUGGAUCUUCGGCUCGCUGACCGUCCCCGAGACAUACUCACCAGUUAUUCUUCGACGACGCGCAGCAGCACUCAGCAAGAAAACUGGUAGAGUUCACAUUUCCUUCAUCGAGAACAGGCAAGGUCGGACAACGGUCAGGGAAGCUUUCAAAAAGGCCAUGGCGCGACCAUGGGUAUUGCUCUUCAUGGAGCCAAUUGUUCUGUUGAUAAGCAUCUACAUGGCCAUCCUUUAUGGAACUUUGUACAUGCUAUUCGGAGCUUUCCCGAUCGUCUUCCAGCAAAACCGAGGCUGGUCUCAAGGCAUUGGCGGUCUUGCCUUCCUCGGUGUCGCAAUUGGCAUGCUUAUUGGAGUUGGCUACAGCAUUAUCGACAACAAACGAUACUCACGGGUCGAGCGAGAGCACGGAGGCGAGGCACCUCCUGAAGCUCGGCUGCCCCCAGCUAUGGCCGGAGCUGUGGCUUUGCCCAUCGGCAUGUUUUGGUUUGCGUGGACCAAUUAUCCUUCCAUCCACUGGAUUGUGUCGAUUAUUGCGACCGCUCCCUUUGGAUUCGGCAUGGUUCUCGUUUUCCUGUCGUGUAUGAACUAUCUGAUCGACUCCUACACCAUCUACGCUGCUUCAGUCUUGGCCGCCAAUUCUGUUCUGCGCUCGCUUUUCGGAGCUGCUUUUCCCCUGUUCACGAGCCAGAUGUACGGCACUCUCGGCAUCCAUUGGGCGUCGACUAUCCCCGCAUUCCUCGCCCUGGUGUGCUUGCCCUUCCCAUUCAUCUUCUACAAGAUGGGCGAGCGCAUCCGUAUGAGGUGCAAGUACGCCGCGCAGGCUCACAACAUCAUGCAGCAGAUGAAAGAGCAGGCGCAAAAGGAAAGGGAGGAAGAAGAGAAGCAGCCAGAAGCUCUUCAGUCUGAAGAAUGCGAGUCCGAAGCCAGUGAUGCCAGCUCAGAUACAGUGGAUCAAACCCUGUCACGGACCACUACACACCGACGAAGUGAGAGCCGCGCGUCGCGGCAGGCUGAACUUGUCCGGACCCAUUCCUACAGCACGCACUACUACCACUAG